GUAGCCGGUCAGUUGGUCAAUCUGUCUGCCAGUCUUCUUCUUCCCCGCCUUCCCUUUGCAGGACGAGGAGGAGGAAGAGCGGGCUGCUGCCAUUCAGAAGGCAAGGAGGAGGAGGAGAGAUGGGCGGACAAGAGCCAGAUAUGCGAUGGACCCUCCUCCUUAUGCAGAGAGAGGCCGGGUGGCUGUCUGCUGGGAGGGCUCGCAUGGUGUCCUCUUGCCUGGCUGGACUGGGCCUUUGAGGGAUCUUUUCAAACUCUAUUGUGCACACCCUUCCUUCAAACAGGUGGUGCCCGGCGGCCUGUCUUUCCUCCUCCUCUAUUGUGGUGGUGGUUGUUGGGUGCUUCCAGGGAGGAGACCCCCCAGAAAAGCCCCCUCCUCCCUUUGCCCUGGAAAGGCUGCCUUUGCCUUCCCUCGCUCCCCCCCCCCCUCUUCCUUCCAACUGCUGCUGCUGCCAAUUUUAGUCUGCCUCCGCCAGUAGCAAAGAGGAGGAGGAGGAUGCCAGGCUGACAGCAGCAGCCGCGGAAACAUUGGAAGCAAGGAAGAGGAAGGAAACCAGAUGCAAACCUGUCCUGACCAAGAACAACUGAACCAAGGAAGGAGGGAAGGACCCCCAGCAGAGAGAGAGAGAAAGAGAGAGGAGGAAGGAAGACCACCUGGGGAGAGUGGCCAGGAAGCCAAUGAGAGCAGGAGGAAGAAGGCAGUAUCCAAGGAGGGAGGGAGGAAGAGAGAGGCGCCCAGAGGAGGAGGAGGCCCCGGGCCCAGGAGGAACAGGAACGUGGGGAGAUGCUGCUGUGCUGCUGCCCGUAGGAACAUGCGCCCUGCCAUGAGGCCAUGUGGCUGCCCCCUCCGCUGCUGCCCCCUCCGCUGCUGCCUCCCUGCGGGCCGUGUCCUGCUGCUGGCCCUGCACUGGGCCCUGCUGAGCGCAGCCCCGCUGUCCGCCUGCCCAGCUCGCUGCGAGUGUAUCCCACAGGUGCGUUCAGUGCUGUGCCAGCGGCGGCGCCUGACCGCGCUCCCAGAGGGCAUCCCGACCGAGACACGGGUCCUGGAGCUGAGCCGCAACCGCCUGCGCUGCCUGACAGCCGGGGAGCUGUCCCCAUUCCCACUGUUGGAGGAGCUAGACCUGAGCGAGAACACACUGGCCGGCCUGGAGCCCGGGGCCUUCGGGGGGCUGCCUCACCUGCAGGCCCUGCGCCUGCGCGGCAACCAGCUCCGGCUGCUGCCCCCUGGGCUCUUUGCCGAGCUGGCCAACCUCACGCUGCUAGACCUGAGCGAGAAUCGGCUGGUGGUGCUGCUGGACGACACCUUCCUGGGCCUGCGCCGCCUGCAAACUUUGGAGCUGGGCGACAAUGACUUGGUCUACAUCUCCCGCCGGGCCUUCGCCGGCCUGGCUGGACUCCGGCAGCUGACCCUGGAGCGCUGCAACCUGACUGCACUCUCGGCCGAGUCGCUCUCCCGCCUGCCAGCCCUGGAGGCCUUGCGGCUGCGGCACUUAGCUGUGCCCUCAGUGGAUGAGGACAACUUCCGGAAGCUGGCCGCCCUGAGGACACUGGAGAUUGAUGACUGGCCCUUCCUGGAGGAGGUGGCGCCCCAGGGCUUCCGAGGCCUGAACCUGACCUCCCUCUCAGUCACCAACACCAACCUCUCGGCUGUGCCCUCCCUGGCACUGCGGCCACUGGCCCACCUAGCCUACCUCAACCUCUCCUUUAACCCCAUCCGCACCAUCCCUGGGGGGGCCUUUCGGGACCUGUCGCGCCUACGGGAGCUGCAUCUGGCAGGGGCCUUGCUGGCCAGCGUCGAACCCCGGGCCCUCUUCGGUCUGCGCCAGAUCCGCCUCCUCAACUUCUCCAGCAACUUCCUGGCCACCUUGGAGGAGGCAGCCUUCCACUCAGUCAACAGCCUGGAGACCUUGCGCCUGGACCGCAACCCACUGGUCUGUGACUGCCGGCUGCUGUGGGUGCUGCAGCGCCGCAAGACGCUGGACUUUGAUGGGCAGCUGCCCACCUGCGCCUCCCCACCGGGGAUCCCAGGGGAUGCGCUGAGGGUGCUUCCAGAUGCCGUUCUCUUUGAGUUCUUCACAUGCCAGCGGCCCCGCAUCCGAGAGCGGCACCUGCAGCGGGUAACGGCACUCGAGGGACAGCCGGUGUCCUUCCUGUGCCGCGCUGAGGGGCAGCCCCCACCUGAGGUUCGUUGGGUCUCCCCACAGCACCGUCUCGUCCCUGCCCAGAGUGGCAGUGGGAACAGCGGUGGGGGACGCGUGGCCGUCCUGCCCAGUGGCACCCUGGAGAUCCGGCAUGCUCAGCUCCAGGACAGUGGCACCUAUAUCUGCGUGGCCAGCAACGCCGGGGGCAACGACACCUACUUUGCCUCACUGGCCGUCAAGGGGGCCGAGGGCAACCGCUCUGCCCUCUUUGCAGGAUCAGACGGUGGGGACUUCAAUGAUAGCAGCGCUGGCGCCAACGGAACGCAGGUGGUGCUGAAGUUCACACUGGACCUGAAGACCAUCUUGGUCUCCACUGCCAUGGGCUGCAUCAUGUUCCUGGGGGUGGUGCUCUUCUGCUUCCUGCUGCUCUUUGUGUGGAGCCGCGGCCGCGGGCAGCACAAGAACCACUUUUCUGUGGAGUACUCCUUCCGCAAGGCCGACGGGCCCUCUGCCGCCGGCGGGCAAGGAGGUGCCCGCAAGUUCAACAUGAAGAUGAUCUGACCACAAGGGGACAUGUGGACAGGACCGAGAGAUGGACCAAGGGUUGGUGCCCACACACCCCGUGACCUUACCGGAACCUCCCUCCCAAUCAUGACUCCGUGGUGGGCCUUUGCACGCUCCCUCCACACCCGCCAACCCUCAUUGCCCUUCCUCCCCGGUGUUUUCGAUCCACUAUGCAACUUGGGGGGGGGGGGGCAUUUCGAAAGGUUCUCUCUGUCCUUCUUUUUAAGGGUUACAAUUUUAGACCCUUUUUGUAGCGGCAGGUACACGAGAGGGGCGUCUCCACAUUCAAUGGACCUAUUUGGGUGUGUGUGUGUUUCCUCGAUGUGUGUGUUUGUACAUUAUGUGUGCACAGCAAUACCCCAACUGUUCCCUUUGCGGCCCCUUUUGGGUUGGGCCCCUCCAUGUUCUUGCAUCCAUCCCCCUCCCCCCCAAGACCCUUUCCUCCCUCGGGGUCCCAUGCCUCCUGCGGGAAAUCCCUCGCCUAUUGUUUAGGAGGAGGAGCGCAUUGUUUAUGUUCAGCAAGGAGGAGAUGCAUCAGCAGCAUCUGUUUGGGCUUCCAGAGGAAAUGCGCACACACAAACGGAGAUCCUCCUAACAGAAGGCCUCCUUGGCACAGAACCCACCCCUCUUUUUGUAUGUACUGGCGCAUGAACAAUACAAGGACACAUCUCCGUCCCA